AUGGCCAGAGUAGCUAACCAUUUGGAGUUGUUGAAGCGGGUAAAAUCUGUUUUCAACGAUGGAGAUUCAGAGUCCAAGACACUGGCUCUAGUUCUGUUUGGUUGCUGGGCUGAUUUUGCCAAUGACAAUGCUCAGAUACGAUACUUGAUUCUUUCCAGCCUUGUUUCUCCUCAUGAUUGUGAGGUAAGAGCGUCAUUGUUUGCUUCCGGUUGCUUUUGUGAGAUAUCCAAUGAUUUUGCAUGUAUUACAUUGGAGAUGCUGUUUAACAUUAUGAAUUCACCUGCAGCAUCCUUACCUAUAAAGUUGGCUGUAGCUCGAAUUUUUGCAAAAUUCAAAUGCUCAUAUUCAGUUGCAAAAAAAGCAUAUAAGAUAGGUCUGGAGCUGAUAUCAAAUUCUUCAAAUGAAGAUAUUCUUGUUAUCAUGCUAUUCUCACUUUCAAAGUUGGCAUCCAUUUCUACACUUCUUACCUCCAAUCAUGUGGAGUUCCUUGUUUCAUUCCUAGAACGACAAUUAACUUCGCAUGUAAGAGAAACAGUUUUAAGAUGCAUAUAUUUUUUAUUCAGAAACAAUCCAUCUCUAAAGCUUUACAGCAAUACGUCCUUUGAAGUCCCAGAUGGACAAUACAUGGAACUCUCUCCAUCUGAAUAUGAAGCUUGGAAAGGUGAUUGGACAGAUGAUGAAAUGCUUGAACUAAAUAAAUUGUUUUCUCAUUCAGAAGUCCUUAACUGUAUAGUAUAA